CAAUGACAGAAAAAAUAAGUUUCGUUUGUUUCAACUGAAAUAUUUGCCAUGACGAAUAUUGAAGCGGUUCUAACUCAAUUUGAGGAUGACUCUGAAGAACAAAGUUUUUUCAAAAAAUUGUAUGAAGAUAAAUUUGAUAAAAGUGGAAUUCUUACUACUGUCAAGAAAAGAAGUCAAGAGGCAAAAAAUAUAGUAAAUGAAGCCAUUGAAGCAUACUUUCGGUCCGUAAUGUUAAUGGAUGUUGUGCUUUCUGCUAUGGAAGAUGAGGAAGUUGAAGAGUUACAUGAUACUUUUCCUUUGUACUUGAACAUGAUAAAAAGAUAUUUACCUGAAAAGGAUUCAGUUGAACUGAAACCUCUUGGAUUGAGCCAAGAAGAUUUAUCUGAAGUUUUAAAACAAAUGCAGUUAUCUAAGACACACCACUCUCUAUUUGUGGAUUAUUUUGAAAGGAAGUUGGAUGCAUAUUGUUCCAGACUGUUAGAAGAUGCUGCUGUUUUUGAGUCUGUUUUACAAUUUGUACCCAAGUCUGACUGGAGGAAGUCUUUUGACGAAGCUAUGAAAACACUUGAAUACCAAGCCGAGAUUCUAGGUAAUGAUGAGAAGCUACGGCCAAUACAAGAAAUGCUUAAGAAAAUGCGGCAAACUUAUUACAAAGAACUUCAUGCAAAUGCAUCUUUGUUAAACAAGCUGUUGUCUUUGCAAGAAGAAAGAUUACUCAUUGAAUCAAGAGCCGUACAAUAUUAUUCAACACUUUGUGAAGCCUUGCAGCUUAAAAUUGGGCUGUUUGAAUUAAGAAUUCUAGAUGCUACUUAUAAUCAAGAAACAGUUCCAGCUUUAAGAAAAAUAAGGAAAGAAUUGGAUGCAAAAGCCAAAAAUGUAGAAGAAGAACUGGUUGAGAAACAAGCACGUUUUGAAGAGUAUCAACGCCUUGGAGAAACAUUUGAAUCUCUUGUUGAAGAAUACACUAAAUUAAUGAAGUGCAUUACAAAUGCAAAAGUGUCUUAUAAUGAAUUAAAAAGGACUGAAAUGAGUUCAGAUUCAUAAUGUUGAUAAUUUCUCAUUGAAUGAUUUCAAAAUCAUUUAUAGAUGAUUUAGGAUAUUUUGUGUAAGACUUAAAUUUUAUAUGUUUGCAAAACUGUGUAAAUUAGUUCAUUAAUGUUCCAUUUUUUAAAAUUUUAUCUUUGUACAUUUUUGUCACAUGAUCAAUAAGGAAAAAAAUGUAAA